AUGUCACGAUGUAUUAGCCCUGUCACAGGUGUGACAGGGUCUGAUCCAAUUGGCAAUGGGGGUGUCUUCUCUCCUCCUAAUCUUGGCUUUGCAUUUGAUUCGACUCGACUGAUCCGCCAUUCUAUCUUGAUUCCGAUUGCGCCACAACUCGAACGACCCGUCGAUCCAUCUUGGAUUCAACUUUGGCAUGACUUGAACGACCUGUCAUCGUGUAUCCAUCUCGACAGGCAUGGACCCGUAUCCGUUCUUCAAACACCACUAGUGCUCGGAAAUACUCAACCGACUCCGUUUCUUCAAUCUUGCCGCUGA